AUGAGCCGCGAGGAUCGAAUAAAAAGUGAGCCAAGAGGUGAAGAAUCAGGAAGAAUAGACGCGAGAAAUAUGUCGUAAUGCCUCCUUGAAUCGACGACCUUCUCCUCCCGCCUGCAAAGACUGCUCAUGUACAACGGAAAACCCCCGGAUCGAUACUGCUGUCGAAAUCUACCUGAGCUGUUCCAUCGAUGGCGCUGCAAUUGGCGGAUGGCCUGCCUGACUGUGCCAUUCCGUGUCUGACGCAGGCCGUCAACAUCACGACAUGCGCCGUUACCAACUUGACGACAACAUGUCUGUGCCAGGAUAAGCCCGCCGUCGAGGCCUUCCGCGUCUGUAUACGUGCGGUGUGUGACCUGGAGCAGUCUUUACUUGCCAAGAAUGUAACAUGGACAAAGUGCGGGUAUCCAUAUCACCACCAGUCGGGGUCGAUAGCCGGCAAAGUCUCGCUGGUGAUCAUCACCACCGUCUUCGUUUUGGCGAGGACGCUCUCCAAGUUUCUGAGGCUGUCGACGUGGGGGCCGGACGACUUCGCGUUGUUUUUAGGAUAUUUAUUUUCCCUCUCUUUUGCCAUUUCCAAGUUUCAAGGAUAUCAACUAGGCAUCGGUCGAGAUAUAUGGACACUCUCCUACGACGAGAUAACCCGCUUCAUGCAAGUCUUCUUCGCCUUCGAAGUAAUCUACACCCUCUCCAUCUCCGCCCUCAAAGCCUCCAUCCUCUUCUUCUACAUCCGCGUCUUCAGCAUGGUCAGCCGCACCUUCAGCCUCGUCCUCUGGCUCACCCAGACCUUCAACUUCCUGUUCUGCCUCGCCUUCACCGUCGCGAACCUGAACCAGUGCCGCCCCUUCAGCAACGCCUGGGAGGGCUGGGACGGCCGCCACCCGGGGUACUGUAUUAACGUGUAUGCCAUGUUCAUCGCGCACGCCGCCAUAAAUAUUGCGCUCGAUGUGUGGAUGCUGGGGUUGCCUGUUACGCAGGUGCUGUGGUUGAAUUUGAGAAAGAGGCAAAAGGUGGAGAUUGUGGUCAUGUUUUCGUUGGGUGUUGUCAUCACAAUCGUUAGCGCAAUACGUCUAAAAGUCCUCCUAAGCCUCGAAGGCUUCCAAGAUCCAACCUACGACGCCUUCUACCUCCACAUGUGGUCCUACAUCGAACUCUCCGUCGGCAUAAUCGUCGCAUGCCUCCCCUCAACCCGCCAAGUCUGGCGCCACCUCGUCCCCAAACUCCUCCGUCUCGUCGGGCUGGGAAGCCCCAAACACCACCACAACCACCACCACGGCCACGAAAGGCCGGGUGAUUCGGCAAAGAAGCUUCGCGAUAUUUUGUUUAUGAGCACGAACACAGGAGGUGGUGGAGGAGAAGAGGGAGGAGAGGAGGAGCAUUCGUCGUCGUCGGCGGAACCUUCGAGUCCGAGUGGGUCGUCUACUCGGCGUCAGGAGGUACACUGUAAUUUGUAGUAUAUACCCCCUUUGUAUAGUAUUCUUUUUUCUCUUCCCAAUAGACUGGACUCUCAAAGAUACCUCAUGUCUGAGACUGGCCACAAUAGAG